AUGUAUCGAAUUGUCUCUAAAACAAGGAGCCUUCUACGAACGCUAGUGGCCAUCGAUGGUCGCCAAGUCAGGAGAAGUGUAAAUGCGCGCCGCUCUUUUUUCUCCUUUGUCACGUCAGUUUCGGGUUUUGACAAUAAGCAUGCAAAUUAUGAAAUCCGCAAUAGACCUAGAUGGACAUACGGCGAUGAUGCGUGUUUUAUUUCCAUCACCGAUGCUUGCUGCGUUCUAGGCGUGGCCGAUGGAGUUGGUGGAUGGAGGUCGUACGGCGUUGAUCCAAGCAACUUCUCAAAAACCCUUAUGUCUACAUGUCGGAGGCUAGCCGAAUCUGGUCGUUUUCAGCCAAAUGAACCCAUGCUCCUCGUUACCGAGAGCUACCAUGAAGUUCUAGAUGCUAAAACACCCCUCUUGGGUAGUGCGACAUUUUGUGUGAUUUCGUUGUGCCGCAGCGAUGGACGCCUCCACACCGUGUGUCUUGGCGACUCGGGCUACAUGGUUAUCCGCCAAGGUACCAUCGUAAAACGCUCCUCUAACCAGAAACAUUCGCUGAACACUCCCUUCCAGGUUGCAUGUCUCCCACCUAAUGAACACGGUCAUUUUUAUCGUGAUUCACCCGAACAGGCAAUUCAGGACAGCUUUUCUUUGGAAGCCAGCGACCUGGUAGUUGUUGGAACGGACGGGCUAUUCGAUAACCUCACCGAUCAAAUGAUCCUGCAAGAGCUUACACCACUACAGGCAAGUUUGCAUGUUGCUAUCAUCGCCUUCAAAAGGCCAUGCGUUUACCGCCACCGCAUUUUUAAAGAAAUAAAUGACUGCGGCUUGAAUGUGGCGUCGGAUGAGCUGCUGGAUUGGUGCGCCUACCGCCUCGUUGCGUGUGCCCGCAACGCCGCUGAGAAUCCCAAUUUCGUCUCCCCCUUCGCCAAUGAGGCUCGUCAGUACGGACUCAACAUCGCGGGUGGAGUUCGUGGCGAUAUAACAGUGAUGCUGGCUCUGGUCGUUGACGAGGCCGUCUCCGCAGACACACAGUCGGCCGAACCUUCUUCCUCAGACGACGGCGACGACAGGAAGAAACGUGUGUUCAGGAUCUCCCCCAGUCGUUCCUCCCUGGUUAGCGCUGCCGUCGACUGA